AUGACAAGUGUAUGGCGGCGAAUACAAAAGUCGAACAAAAAAUCUGUCAAAUAUCGUUUUACAAUUACACCGCAGGAAUUAUUAAUUAUUUGCUCAACAAAAUGGCAUCCGCAAACUGUGGUCGUAACUUGCAUGCACAGGAGACGAAAAGUGGAAGGACGAGUACGACGAUGGGAGAGUAGCAUGAUAGAUCCUUGUCGAGGCUUAAUUGUAUGGCCGUCACAGACACCGGAUCCAUUACUCUUCGACACAACUCUGUAUUGUGACGAUUCAUUUCAUCAUUAUAGCGAUAAAGAAUGGACUUUGUUGGUAGAAGAAUGCACACGGAAAGGCAAACGAAAAGCUAUCGCUGCUGUAAAUUUAAAUAUGCCUCUUUUCGUCCAGGAUCCAGAAACAGUAAUCGAACUGAAAUUAAAAUUACGACCACUUUGGCCAGAAUUAUCUCACUGUUCAAUGCAAAUUUUGAUAUCAUCAGUGCUUAUUGGUGAUGAAGAAACGAACGAUUUCGAUACGAAAAGAGAAAUGUCAAGUGUUAACGGUGGGCACAGAGCUAGCAUAGCAGGUGAUACUGCAGAAACGGAACAGCGAACCAGCAAUAUAAAAGAUGAGUGA